UGAAUUACAAUAUUUUAAAAUAUGAUUAAAGCUAUUCUUGUAUUUAAUAACCACGGAAAGCCUCGACUGUCCAAAUUUUACCAAUAUUUUGAUGAAAGUCUGCAACAACAAAUCAUCAAAGAAACAUUUCAGCUUGUGUCCAAACGUGAUGAUAAUGUUUGCAAUUUUCUCGAAGGCGGCAGCUUAAUUGGUGGCUCCGAUUACAAGCUUAUAUAUCGUCACUAUGCCACGCUAUACUUUGUGUUCUGCGUCGAUUCAUCAGAGAGUGAGCUAGGCAUACUGGACCUUAUACAAGUUUUUGUUGAGACCCUAGACAAAUGUUUCGAAAAUGUUUGUGAGCUGGAUUUAAUAUUCCAUGCCGACGCGGUGCAUCAUAUUCUUGCAGAACUUGUUAUGGGCGGUAUGGUACUUCAAACCAAUAUGAAUGACAUAAUGGCCAGGAUUGAGGAGCAAAAUAAGUUGGUUAAACAGGAGGCAGGUAUAUCAGCGGCACCAGCACGCGCUGUGAGCGCUGUGAAAAGUAUGAACAUUCCACAGCAAAUUAAGGAUAUAAAGCUGCCCGAUCUGCCACAAGCUAUAAAGGAUCUGAAAUUCUAAAAUUAUAAUAUUGCGUUGCCUCAAUCUAUGCGUUAUUUUUGCUUAUGAUAAUUAUCUUAAUAUUCAAUAGUUUCAUGGAAAGAAGUUUUACCUGCAAAACGUAUGGUAACAUGUAGGUUUAGUAAAAUCAAUCAUAUAAUAGUAAAUGAUAACCAAUUGAAUCUUUCCAUAUAUGUAUUUUAAGCUAACUAUAUUCUUAGAUUGCCUUUGUUAAGUACCUCAAUCGAAUGCUUCAAUUUGUUAUGUCAACUUAUGUUUUAUUAACUUGUUUUAUAC